AUGUCGAUCGGAUCACCUUCCACAGCAGAUGCUAUCAAGGUCAGUCCAUAUAUUCAGCGUGUCAAAUUACCUCUUCACGCGAUAAGGCGCAGCGCUAAUGCCCUUGUUCCGCUUCCGCGCUCACGUUCCCGACUUCGCAACCGGAUCUCACACCUGGGCCAUCAUCCCUCGUCCGAUCGCGUCCACCCACUCCAGGCAUCCCUAAAAGCGCACAACGACUCGUUCGAUCAGUUAUUGCGACACAUUCCCGCGCAGUACUACUUUCUCAACAACGACCAGAUCCCCAACCAGGUAGGCCACUUCUGCAGGCACGACGAGAAUCGACUCGGACCCGCAUCGCUGACUUUGCCCCUUGCUUCCUUGCCGCUAUCAUCUCGCUUCUUGCAUCUUCUGCUGCACCCUGAACCCCUCGCAUUCCUUCCAUCGGAUCGAAAUAGGACAAGCUGAGCAAAUCGCAAAAACAGGCGCUCAAGAGACAGGCCGAGAAACCACAGGCCAAGCAGGCCAAAGCCGACAAGAGGAAAGAGGACCGGAUCGCAAGGGUGAGGCACCUACCUACCCUCCCCGGUCAUUCUCUUCCGAAUUUGGGACUGACCAUCGAAUUGGGUUUUCCUGCGUGAUUGUCCAAGUACGACCCCAACGAACCGCAUACGAUCCCCGAGAUCUUAUCGAUGAAAGCGAACAAGCGAGCCAAGACGAACGACUCUGAUGCCGAAGCGAGUGCCGAUGGCGAGAGUGGCGACGAAGGCGAAGAAGAAUGGCAAGACGCCGAGGACUCGUCUGACCAUACUGACUUUAACGACUCGGAUACCGACGAUGGGAUGGAGGAUGAGGUCCCUUCUUUGGCGCCGAGGGAUCCGUCUGCUCCUGUACCGACCGUUUCCGCGUUGAGGGAGAAACUGCAAAAGAGGAUCGGCGAGAUCCAAGCCAUGAAGAGAUCCAAAGCGGGGUCCUCGUCCGCCAAGGAAGCCGGUGGGGCCGAGGAUGCCGAAGUCCAAGUCAAGAGCAAGGAUGAUCUUUUGGAAGAACGACGACGACGCGGUGCGUUGAGGGAUAAUCGGAGGAAGAAGAGGAAGGAGGAGAGAAAGCAACAGAUGCAGAGUGGCGACGCGACGCAGAAGAGGAAGAAGGACGAGAGGGGCACCAGUAAUGGACGGAAAGGAGGGGGAAAGGCGAAUGCUCCCGGGAGGGUCGAGGAACAGGAACAGGAUGAGGAUGCUAGACCGGCUAAGAAGGGCAAGGUUAGUCUCGGGGAGUAG